AUUAAUUUGCCCCGCAUAGAAUUGCGAAUUGGUGGGUUUUUUCAAGCGAGAAAAACCAAAACGACCCUCGACAAGGAAAGCCAAAGAUCAAGUGGUAGUGGUAGUGCUUUGGCUGCGAGCAAACGUGAGAUCACGCACAAGGAGUGGCAAAAACAUUCGCGAACCGCCGAAUUAAGAAAGUCAACUGGGCCACGAAGCAAAAAAAAAGACGCUUCAAGCACGUACAGCCAAACCGAAGUAGUACACUACCUCCACCUUGCCAAUCGCUGCCGUGGCAUUGUAAAAGCAACAUAGGAUCCAGGGCAAAGGCGAUUCGCUGUUUGGAUGAGCAAAAAUGAUUCUGCUGGAGAUCAACAAUAGGAUUGUGGAGGAAACGCUAACAGUCAAGUAUAGAAAUGCAAUCGCAGGAAACAAAGCGGAAUCCAUCGAUGUGACCGUAGCCGACUUUGACGGAGUGUUAUUUCACAUUUCCAAUAUCAAUGGCGACAAAACGAAAGUGCGAACAAGCAUAUCGCUAAAGUUUUAUAAACAACUGCAAGAACACGGGGCCGAUGAGCUGCUAAAGCGAGAGUACGGUGAGCUGCUAGUUGCACCCGAGGAUGGCUACAAUGUGUCGGUGCUGGUCGAUCUGGAAAACAUUCCGGAAAACUGGGAAGAGACGGUGCGAAAAAUCGGACUCUUGAAGCGAAACUGUUUCGCGUCCGUCUUCGAGAAGUACUUCGACUUUCAGACACAAGGCGAGGGUGAAGGCGAAGGGCAAAAGAGAGCAGUAAUCAACUAUCGGAAUGAUGAAACAAUGUAUGUUGAAGCCAAACCGGACCGUGUGACGGUCGUGUUUAGUACGAUAUUCCGUGAUGAAGACGACGUAGUGUUAGGCAAAGUAUUCAUGCAAGAGCUGCGCGAAGGCCGAAGGGCAUCGCAUACAGCUCCGCAAGUAUUAUUCUCCCAUAGGGAGCCCCCACUUGAGCUGGCCAACACGGGAGCUAGGGUCGGUGAAAAUAUUGGCUAUGUCACGUUUGUUCUUUUUCCAAGGCACACCGCAAAGGAAACGCGUGAUAAUACGAUCAAUUUAAUUCACAUGUUUCGUGAUUACUUGCAUUAUCACAUUAAGUGUUCGAAAGCGUACAUUCACUCGCGAAUGCGUGCAAAGACUUCAGACUUUUUGAAGGUGCUCAACCGUGCUCGACCGGAGCAAAAAAUUACGGAAAAGAAAACUAUAACCGGUCGAACAUUUAUCAGGAAGGAAUGAUUCUAGAACUUGUCGGACGUCUAGUUGUUAAAUGUGUAAGUAUUCAAACGAACCUAAUAAAACAAACAAGUAAAGAAGCGAAAGAGCAAUGAGUGGAUAUGAAAUGGUCUCAAAAAUGAUUUUCCGCCCUAGCGGAUAGGAUGCAUUUGGUUGGGAUAAUGGAAAAAUGAAACCAACAUGGGGCAAAUGCAUGCCAAAGCUUCCGGUACAUCUUGUUAAUUGAAGACCAUAUGUCUGCGAUACUUCAUCGUUGAUGAGUACAUUCAUUUUCAAGCAUGAAUCAUGAGCAUAUAUAAAUUGCAAAAAAAAGAAAGAUGAACGAUGGCAGACAUUUGUCCAAUGAAUAGUAAUGCAAAAAACAAAACAAAAAAUGCGAAUUUAAGCAUGAAAAAGCUAACUGUUGCAAUAGACUCUUUAAGCUCUCCCCAAAAUCGGAAACAAAGAUACAGCAAAUAUUCUUUAUUCAAACACACCACACUACGCCUAUACACUUUGACAUCUAAUAGUAAAAGUUAGUCGAAAAUAUACACUUCGAAAUACACAGACACCGUAAGUAGAAUCGUAUUGGAAUUUCUUAAUCAUCGCUGCCAACAUAAACGUGUCUGUGAACUGAUGUAGGGCCGGGACAGAUAACAUACAAUUCUGAGUGUAACUAUUGCCUAAAGAAACUGGAAAGCAUUUAAUUGAGAGGUAAAUUACUGCACCGCGAACCCAUAUAAUCAGUUCAAUUGGAAGGAAGUAAUAGCAGAAACGAAAGAGUGUGCAGUAAGCUAAGAAAAUUAAUUUUAUAAAAGAAAACAAGUAGAUGGCAAACAUCGUGCAGGAAGAAACAGGUUUAAAUUAAAAGAAAGCAUCUACUAACAAUUGCACUUUUAUAGAGGUUGCAUUUAUGGGUUGAAACCAAUUGCGGUAACGUAUGGCAAUCCUUGGAUAAGCUUGAAGGAUUGUCUGGAAUAUGCUUGAUGUGGAAAAUCGAGGAAAAUCGCACAAAGAUCAAAAUGCCAAUCACAAGCCUGGGGGCUGUUGAUGCAUCCAAUCAGACGAGAGAUACUACUCAAUGUACUAAUCAAUUCAAUGAACGAUAGAAAAAGAAAGCUACACUCUGCCGUCACUUGCAAUCGUUUGUUACGAUGCCGUUCCAGAAUCAGAAUCAAAUGAAAAGCAAGAAGCACGAAAAGGGUAGCUAGUAUUUUGAACACACCCUCCAGUAAAGAAUGCGUAAGCGCAGCAGAGGAACGCUGGAAAAAUGCAAUACUAAUCACGACCGUUAAGAGAACCGUGGCGGAAGCACGGAAGAACAGAAAAUGAACGUAAGUAUUGUUUUCCUCAUCGAAUUUUACCAAACCACACAAGAAACGUUGUUUACUAGUACUACUACUGCUAAUACUAUUAUUACUAGUAGCCUUUAGAAAAGCGCAAGCAAACGAGGGUAAAAUGAGGGUUCCAUGACUAAAGCAACCGCGCAAGAUACAGAAAGAGAAAAAAAGAGCAAAUGAGAGAGCAAACUAGUAAGCAUAUGUUAGUUAAAGAUUGAUCCUCGUUUAUGGUUGGCUCGGGGUUUGAUUGGAUGGCCAUUUACCAUUUUACUAACAUCCGUGGGAUCGACCUACCGACGCCUGGCCUGGCGAUCGAGAAGAUUAUUCUUUCAGUUGUUUGUAGUAUAGGCCGAGGAAAACUAGUUAUUGCUGGUGGAGAAGGCUAUUGGCGAUAGGUACGAAACGAAGAGUGAAAGCUGAUGUGCAUUUAUUUACCGGCGAACAAACACAAAACUCCUUUCCUGAUCGUAGCCGUUUCAUCGUCCUGAACAAGUUGUAACCGCCCUGUAGAAAUGUUGAACGAUUCUGCAAUUUGCAAUGAACGGAGAGAAUUCGAUGAUAAAUAUCUCGGAACAAAUGAAUAAUGUGAAUGUAACAUAACUUCCUUUUAGCUAGCGAGCAAAAGAGCGAUAAUUACUAACUUCGAUCAUGUUUUCCCUAUGGUUGCUGCACAUUGAGAUGAAUUUUUUCAUUGUGCUUGUAGCUAUGGAGGAUCUUAAUGCCAUUCGUUCGAGAUGGGGUCUCGUUUGUUGCAAGCAAAAUAGAUCCACUAAUUGAUCGUCGUUUGUGACAAGCGGGAUUUGGAAAACUAAAACGGAAAAAUAUCUCGAUUCCUACUGUAUGAAAUCCGCUCAAACCAUUUGUUGGUAAAAAACACACGUAGGCAAAGGUUUACCGUGAAUUACAGUUCCAGUAGAGGUGGCAAAUUUCGACCGAUGAAUAAUGUUCCCCUAGAUCGGAUAAUGCAGUUUAAGGAAGUAAAAAUGGAUUGCAAAACUAGACUCCAAAAAUGCUAUGAAAUCAGCAACCAUCUUCAAUAAAUCAGACCCAUCAACUAUCCAACCUGAUGGAACAAGACGUCGUGAUGCGAACGGUCUUGUGUUUGCGCUAAGAGAACUGUACUGAAAGAAAUAUUUCCGUUCUACGUUUUGCAUCACCCUGAUUCAUCCUAAAAGAUGAUGAAACGGGUCCGAA